GUUAAACCUGGAACUAGACGUCGAGAAAUCGGUAUAAACAUUUUAAAUUAGUUAGUACAGUAACAUGCAUUAUAAUUAUAAGAUUUCAAAAGUAUUUAAAUAACCUUCGACAUUUCACUAAACUUUGAAUAAGCGAACAGUUUUUUUAAACGAACAACCGAGCUUAAGUUGUCUCUCUUGAGGUUAUCUUGAAUUGUAAGGGAAGAAAAAAGCAGCGAUGUCUGAACAACUUAAGGAAAAACCACAAAAAGCAGACAAGAAAGUCAAACUUCCCACGGAUGGAUCCAGAGCCAAAGAAAAAGCUGGCCGGAUUAAAGACCCUGCCAGUACGCAUGUGGACGAGCAUGUGACCCAUGAAGAUCCCACAGCUACCAUGAUUCCGAAUACUUACCAACUAGGCCCUUAUAAACCAUUCCCUAUCACUGUUAUCUCAUUCAUACUGAAGGAAGAAAUCACCAAUCACCUCCGAGAUGUGCAGUAUGAUCCACAUCACUCUCGAGAAAUGACCCUGACUCUCUGUGAAGUGAUAAGGUCCCGCGUGAAGGAGCUCAUGAUCCCCAGGUAUAAAACCGUCAUCCUGGUCCACAUCGGCCAGCUCAACGGUCAGGGGAUGCAGAUCAGCAGCCGCUGUCUGUGGGAUCCAAACUUCGACACCUUUGUGUCCCACUCCUUCAAGAACAAAACUCUGUUCUGCAGCGCCACCGUGUACGGGAUCUACUAUGAGUAAAACCAUCAGGUCAAGUUUUA